AUGGGCAACAGCGAGUCGCGCGAGGCCAAGCCCGAUCCCGAGCCGAUACGACCUCGACCUCCAUCGCCGUCUCAGACACUUCCUACAACCUCAGACACACCCGCCGCGCAAGAAGCUCCUCCCGCGCAUGAAGCUCCUCCCGCGCAAGAGCCGCAAUCACACCCUGUAGACGUGCCGCACCACCUAUCGUCCAGUCGCGAUGGCGUCGCAGAGACAAAUGAGCAAGAUGACGACUACAUUCCUACCGGAUACUCGUCUACGCCUUACGCUGUCCCACCCUCCGACUACACUCGACCGCCUAGACUGCCGUUGCCCAUAGAGGAGGAAGUGCACACCCCAGGCUCGCCCAUCAUCACCCCACAAGACAUCACAUCUCCGCUGGACUCGGGCGACAUUGACGCUGGUGCACUUCCUCGUAAGGCGAGUGUGCUCAGCUCUACCACUGUAGACGACGAGGACGUGGGCGAUAAUGAUGCCUUUGCCCAAGAGUCGACACUCUCCUUACAGCUUAGAGUCCCGACCAAGCUGGCAUGGUACGGUAGCGGCGAUAAGGUGUUCGUGACCGGUACCUUCUGCAAUUGGGAGAAGAAGAUCAAGCUGCCGAAGAUUAAGGAUGCAAAGGAUGGCAAGCACGCUUUCUGCGCUACUAUCGCAUUGCCACCAGGUACCCAUCAUAUCAAGUUCCUCGUCGAUGGGGAGAUGGUGACGUCAAGCGAUCUUCCAACCACAGUAGACUGGACUAAUAUCCUGGUCAAUUAUAUCGAGACCACAGAUGACGAUGUUUCUUCGACUCUCAAGGAGACCGUGGACGGCGAGAUUGAGAAGCCUGUAACCCCAGCCACUGCAUCUAUUCCCAUCCCACAGCAGACCCCGACCCCAAGGCAGCACACGGAUAAAGCAGAAGACAAGAAUAAAAAAGCAGCUGCACAGAAGAAACAGCUUCCACGGCCGAAGUACACCAACCAGAUUCCCGACUUCUUGAUCGAUCUAGACAAUUUUCAUAAUCCCGAAGACGAGCGUUUUCAGCGCGCCAACCGAGUGGCUGCAAAUUUACCCCAGCCUCCAAGUCUGCCCAUGUUCUUGAGUAAGAGCAUUUUGAAUGGGACCACACCUCACAAGGACGAUGCUAGUGUCCUCAUCAUGCCGAAUCACACAGUGCUGAACCACCUGGCAACUAGUAGUAUCAAGAGCGGUGUUCUAGCAACGAGUGGCACGACCAGAUACAAGCGCAAGUUCUUGACUACCAUCAUGUACAAACCGACUUCGGACGAUGGCUGACGACGUCCGAGAAUUCUCAUAACACAGACUUGCCCUGGACAACGACGACAACACGACAACCGAGCCACUGCCUGCCAAUUGCCUUCCAACACGAUCGCAAACACAAUGGCUUUCUAUCCAUGCUGACACUUGCCUCAGGCGCAUUGGGGUGCAUUCUGGUCUUACCUGUCCCGGCACAGCAUUCACAAAUACUUCCACUUUCGGCAAUUUUGGCACGCUGAAGUGCCUGCUUCUUUGAUGAUACCACACGAAAGUUCACGGCGUAAUGAAGGAAAUGAGGAGCGGGAUUUUGCCUUCUUUGAUCCAACUUUGAGAUGAUCGGUAGGCAGCCUUGGCAUUUUCUACAGUGCUCGCCAUUACCGAUCCAGGGCCUCGCGGGCCACAGGGGAAAAUAGAGGCGCAUAUGCAUGGAUCGACUGGUGCUUGGGCUUCUUUGAAUUGAAUUCAGUAGCUAUGACCGUCGAAGAAGAUAUCUUAUGGUCUUC